GAACCAUUUUCAUUCGUCUCACUGCUCUGCUGCGCUCUUGCUGAAGAAGAAAUCAUUGGGUGACUGCUUCACAUGUUUGAGCAGAAUACAGAGUUGCAGAAACCAUAGGAGUUGAAGAAAGAGUGAUGGAUCGCAAUCGAAGUCCACAAGGUGAAACUGCCCAGAUUCUUGUAGAAUUCUUAGAAGUUGCCAUUACGUCAGUUGUGUUCCUCAAAGGCGUUUACCCAAGUGGGGCAUUUGAAAGAAGGCGUUACAUGAAUGUUGUGGUUCAAAGAGCUAGACACCCGGAGCUUCAACAAUAUAUCCAUUCUUCUGUCAAUGGACUUCUUCCUUUCAUACAAAAGGGAUUAGUUGAGAGAGUGGCGGUGAUUUUUUCUGAUAGCAACAACAUACCUAUCGAGCGAUUUGUUUUCAAAAUAAAUGUGAACCAAUCCUAUGGUUCGAAGUUGGAGGAAGCUGAUCUGGAGUUCUCUCUUAAAUCAUUUUUGAUCAAGCUUCCUUUGUCGCAAUCGUUAAUGAAGGUUCUUCCACCUGAUUGCAGGUGGGAGAUAACAGCUUACUUCCACUCUCUCCCGCAGAGUGGUACCAGCAAAGAUGCCGAAAUUUGGGUCCCAACAGAUACCCAGCAGUGGCAGCAAGCACCUCUUAUAACUCCUAUUAAGUCCAUGAGUAGUGAACCUCUAGGUGUUCAGCUAUAUCUUGAACAUCCAAGUCUCUCUGAACCAAAGGCUUAGAGAGAGGCCAUAUCAAGAGGCAUUUGUCAUGGAGCUCUUCCAACAGUGUAGUAAAGGUGUGCCAAUAUCUUAUACUGGUGUGGUUCCUGACAUCCUUUCCACUUUUUCUACCGUUUCUUUUUAACUAUUAAGUAUUCAAAACUCACUUGCCUGAUUAAUCUGGAUACGCCCAAGCUUUCCUACUCUACCGUGGAUACAUAUAUUAAGGUAGAUUUGGGAGCAAUUAAUUACGCACAGGGCCUCAAAGGAAACAUUGUUAUGUAACCAGAUUAUCUUGUAAAGCUCGUCAUAUUCAUGUUGAUGAGUUUUAUCAGUUGGAGAGUUCAUAGUGACCAUUAUCGUUUGUGUAAUGUGGCGUUUGUUUGUCAAAGAUAUGGAAGCCAUGAAUGUUGAAAUUUGGCAAUCAUAUUUGUCAAAUAUUUGGUAUACUUGAUAAGGUUCACAUUUGGCAACCAUAUUUGUCAAAGUUUUGGUAUACUUGAUAAGGUUCACAUUUGGCAACCAUAAAUGUCAAAGAUUUGAUAGACACAAUAUUUGAUAUAUUCACGCUAAAAUGUUGAAUUUUUUGUAUCUUCAAAUGAUAUCAUCCAUGACAUCAAGAAAUCCAUUUUUUCCCUAUAAAUAGAGAAGUUGGCCAUUAGUUGAAACACACCUUGAAGCAUAUGAAAAUAUUUCAUUGCUUUCUUUCUUUGUAUUUUCAUUAAGAGUUAUUUUGUAAGAAAGUUAGUGUUGGGAAACAUUUGUGUGAACUCUUUCUUUGAAGUGAUCUUGUGAGGUUAUUCUCCUGGGGUAUUUGGGAUUAAUUGGAGUAUUUACUCUAAUUUUGUACUCUUGUUGAUAUAGUAAAAUGCUCCUCUCCGCUUGUGGACUAGGUCAUACCGAUCGAACCACGUAAAAUUUGUGUAUUCUUUAUUUGUUUUUACUUUCGUUAUUAUCGACUUACUAUUGUCUUU